UCACGCGUCGCCAAGUAACCCAGCAGCCAAACAGCCCUUGUUAAGGUUUGAUGGCCUCCAAGAUGAAAGCUCGGGCCUUGAAGUGUAAAUCUGGCAAAAAGGAACAGUCAGACGAGGAAGAGGAAGGAGAAGAAAGGCUCACCGUGUUUGAUGUGGUUCAUGGAAAGUUCAGAGAGGCUGUUGUGUUGCAGCGGCUGAUAGUAGUUGCUCGCCUUCGCGGGGAUCCCAGCGACCGUGAGAAAGUCGGGGUUCACCAUGAGAAACUGAUGGCUCGCCUCCGGAAAGUUCAUGUGCAGUAUCUGACCACUGGUUUGUUGCUUCUUUACCCUUCUUCUCUGCUGCACGUCAUUGAGACGUCCAGAGAUGUUCUAGUUCCUGUUGUCCAAGAUCUUGUGGCUCUGCAGCAACGACCAGACAGUUUCUUGUCAGAAGAUCCGAGGAUGGUGCUUCUGCCACAGGCAUAUGAGAGCAGAAUGUUCAAGCAGUGGAGCUACAAGGUGUUGGACCCUCCUCAGGGUGGCGUUGGCUUGGAUGAUGACGAAGUCAGCACAGUGCAUCUGUUCCUCUCAGUCCUGAAGUCGCUGGAGAACCUUGGCCAACUCCAAGACCAAACCACGGCUCCUCUUGGUGCGGUGCUGGACGCCAACCCAAAGCUCCUGGUCAAUCAGGCUCUUCUGAACAAGAUGGCGACCAGGGACGAGCUCCUGACCCCUCGGCAGUACCUGGACACCUAUAGCUCGGAGCUGAGCAUCAACAUGAACUUUGGUCAGCAGACUCUGGGCAGGCGACCACCAACCACCAUUUAAAUGUUCGCCACGGUGCCAGACCCAGUGCAUGUUGGUGCAUUUUAUGUAAGUCAGUGCGUAUUAGCAUGAAUCUGUGGAGCAUUUGUCCGUGUCUGUUGUUCUUGAACACGUGAGGGUGUUUGGGUUAGAUUUCAGAUUUCUUCAUUGAAAAACUUAAGUCUGAGGAUGGACGGAGUUUAGAUGACCGGGGAUUGAGGACGGGUGUUUCCAAAAUUCUGGUGACCAGCAACUUGAUCCAGCAGGAUGAUUCCAGGAUUGAAGGCAGAUAUCACAAUGAUCAAGAGGCCAAAAUAAAUGUAAAAAAAUGAUCCUUUACACAGCAUCUCUGCAGCAUGGCGGGGAGGUGAAAGGUCAGAGCACUGUGCUCUCCGCCUCUUCCUCAGACUCCACUCUGCGGUAAGUGGUCUCCAGCAGAGACAGAGAGUUCCUGUAGGGGGCGAUCUGGGGCAGGUCGAACAGAGCGUCCAGCUCCAUGUUGAUGACCGGAAUGUCCAAAUUGCAGAGAGAAUCUAGAUGAGCACAUGUCCAUGAAACUUUAGUAAACCAACAGUUUCCACAGUCAGAGGGGAAAACAAAAACCACAGACUCAAGUUAAUAAAAAACAUCUUUAUUAACUAAACAUUCUGAUGAUGAAGAGAACGUUUCUUAAAUUAAUAUCUCACUUCAGUGUCAAAGAGAAGCUACUCCCUCCAUCACAAGGAUGGUCAGAAAUAUUCCAAUAUGCAUCCAUGAUUAAAAAUGUAACAGCUCCUCUGUUCUUUUUUUUUUCAGCCUCAUUAGAUGAGAUCAGAGAAGCGUCAUGCAGCAAUCACACAUUUUGUGGUUUGAGUUUUCUGUCUGCUGGAGCUUUUAUACCUGCAACAUUGAUCGGGGCAGCUGAAUUAUUGAAUAGUACAAAUUGAACACAAAGACAUAUACAGUAUAUUAAAAGGUUUACACAGUCAGAAUACGCCCCUUUAGCGACGACCGCAUGUCGAUACCUUUCAAUUUGCUCAGUCCACUUCACCAUUCCGACAACACACACAAACUUACACUUACAAUACAAAACCUUUAGUGUUUUAGUGCUUCUAAUAUUGGGGGCUUGUCUUUGUGGUUUUUAGUGUCAAUAGUGUGGUAUCUGGAUGCUUCACUCGUGGGAAACUGUUGGCAGGGAUAUAUAGUGUUUUUGUCAGCCCAAGUUAGAAAGUGUGUUUUUGUGUUUGAGUGUGUCCACUGAAAUCAUUUGUUUUUACUGGUCAAAAAUGUGAACUGGAGUUCAUUCAUGUGAUAACUUUUUCCAUUCAUCAAUGAAUUAAUAUCAAAUUAAUAUAAUCAAUCUUGAUGCCGCAAGAGUUUUAGUAAAAGUUUGAUGCUUCCGUUUUGGGCUCCAACACCAAGUACACCUGAAGUAUUGCUUUAAAAAGUCAAAAUAUUAAGCAAAAACUUUGGGACAAAACUGAUUAAAAUAUGAAAACAAAUUUGGUUCUGAUGUUAUUUUUUACUACACAAGGAAAUUAUUUUCUCACUUCACACCAUGUGGCUCCUCUCUCUAAAUUGUGACAAAAAAAGAAUGGAUAAAAUGUCUUCUCUGCUACACAAUAGUCACGUCUGGUUUGUACAAAACUGUGUUGAUUGGUUUCACUUGUAAACUAUCUGUGGUGGAGUGUGGCCCCAGGGACUAGAACUCUGCGGUGAUUAGAAAAUCUGAGGGCUUCAUAAUGUUCAUCUUAGACUCUGGAAAUAUACAAUAUCAACAAUAAAUAUCAGCAAGAUCCCGACACAGAUGAAGAAACAUACGUGAUUUCAGCGUUUGACUUCCGUGCAAUCUGGAACCUAAAACAUGCAGCAGCAACAAAAUGAUUCUUAAAAAUCAUGGCAGAGAUAGCGCAAACUGGCACAGUGACACUCAGCUGCGAGGCUUGUGUUUUUCUGUUUUCAAAUCCAAACUCUGAAAUUAUACUGUUUUCCCUUCCACUGUUAAUUCCUGGAAUAAAAUCGUGUAAUAAGUUGAAUUUAAACAUGUUUCAUUCAUUUGAUUUAUUUAAAUAUAAUCACUGCAAUAGAUAUAAAAUAGAAUUAAAAUUAAUGAAAAGAAUUUGAAUGUAAUGAAAAUCUGUUGGUUUAAUUCGACCGGACUGUGUCUGAAAUAGUCGGCGGGUUUCUCUUGUGAAAAAUACCCUUAUAGUGAUCAUAGUUGAAUGAUAAAAUGAAAGAACCUUCCUUUCUUUCUUGGCCAAGGCUAGACAUGGCUAACUCGGUCCUCAAAGGACCGGGAGGGGGUGCCGACUUUUUUUUUCUAACCACUCAAGGACACACAGUUGAAGCAGACAGAGUCAAUGAACUGAUUACAGUCUGACACCUGAUCGGUGAACAGGUGUCCUUUUGACUGGUUGGAACAAAAAGCCGCCGUUGCGACGCAAGGGCGCAUGAUGAAAUUAGCACUGCUGUUUUGGUGACGUCGGGAAAAUUGAAGACAUAUUUUUAGUUUUAAGUCCAACUUUUACAAAUUAUUAUUGCACAUUAUACAAUAUUUUUCUUCUCUAAAUAUCUGUAAAAAUCAAUAUAAUAGAAUAAAAAGUAAUUUGGAAAUGAAAACAGUUAGAUUUCAGAUUUCUUCAUUGAAAAACGUAAGUCUGAGGAUGGACGGAGUUUAGAUGACCGGGGAUUGAGGACGGGUGUUUCCAAAAUUCUGGUGACCAGCAACUUGAUCCAGCAGGAUGAUUCCAGGAUUGAAGGCAGAUAUCACAAUGAUCAAGAGGCCAAAAUAAAUGUAAAAAAAUGAUCCUUUACACAGCAUCUCUGCAGCAUGGCGGGGAGGUGAAAGGUCAGAGCACUGUGCUCUCCGCCUCUUCCUCAGACUCCACUCUGCGGUAAGUGGUCUCCAGCAGAGACAGAGAGUUCCUGUAGGGGGCGAUCUGGGGCAGGUCGAACAGAGCGUCCAGCUCCAUGUUGAUGACCGGAAUGUCCAAAUUGCAGAGAGAAUCUAGAUGGGAUUAGAUAGUCAGGGUUAGAGGAGCAGAGAAGGAACGGAAUGACACAGAGAAGGCUUUCUGCGAUGGGUCGGUAACUGAUGUGGGUCUCCAGUCAGCGUGGCUAGUGAUUGAUGACCAGGGAUUGGACACUGUCAAUUUCCCUGAUAAACUUGGUGACCAUGAUCCCUGCUCUCCUGGUCUCUGAUAAUGGAGUCUACAGAACCACAAGUCUGAUGGACAGCUGCACACAGCGGGAGGGAGGGGAGGAUGUGCGGCCUUUAAAGUUGAGCCAAAAUGUCCAGUUUCUGUCAAAACACAGCAUUCAGAGGAAAAAUCUGGCAGUCAAUCUUUAAUGCUGGUGUUAUAAAUGGAACUUCAUUAUUCUCAAUGAUUAACAACGCCCAUUUCUUGUGCUAAAUGUCCCAUAAUGCUCUGCAACAGUUUUGUACAACUGAUUCAACAUGCCAGGAUCAGAAAUUUUGUCUUCAGAAAAUUUAGUACUGAAAAUACUGGCAGGUUUUCUCAGGCGCUUUGUCAUAUCCGCUUCAAUCUGGGAACAAUAUCAAACUUAAAAAACUUAAAAUUCAAAACAAAAAUUCUAGCUUAUAUUCAGACCAGACACAUUCAGCUCAACUUUAAACAGGUGGGUGGUUUGUCUCCAGACGCUCCAGUCAGCCGGGACCUGACAUGCAUCAAUGCGUGACGUAAGCCUUCAUGCAAAAAGGGGCGUUAAAGUUUCCAAAUUCAUGUUUGGAAAUGAAAACACAGGGAAUCAGCGGCAGGGUUCUUUUGGGAACAUCACCAUGAAAACCGGGUCUUACCAUUAAAGUCCUAACCUACACUGUACCGCUGGUCUCAUACGGCUGCAAAUGAAUUGAUAAGAGGUAGUGUUAGAGAAGAACAGAAGCAAAAAUCUGGACCUACGUUACUUCAGAUGAAUGCAUUAGAGGUGGUUAAAGUGUCACUGACAUCAACCUAUACGUAAUUAUGAAGAAGAAAUACUGGGUUUUCAUUCCAUGUAUUAAAAAAAUCAUUUCAAUGGACAAUCAUAAAAUACAAUGUGAUUCUGACAAGGUUCUCAUAAGCAGGUCAAACACUGUCGGUAUAUCUUGUCACUGGGGGGACCAAACGACGGUGCGCUGUGCACUGAAGCAGUGGAAAUAGCAUCAGUAUCAGCGAAUAAUGAUGGAUUUGUCAACGGUUUGUGAGGAAGAUGGGUAGGUUCAUGUAAAUAGAGGACUUAUUUUUAUUCAAACUCUGUUAUUGUGGAAGCAACGGCUUCGGCUAUUGUGAGAGGAUGAGAUGUGAUGAGGAGAAACAAUGGCAACACUGAAAGGUAAUGUAAAUGUAAUGUAAAUCUCUCUUUAGAUGGGCCAAUCGAACAGAACAUAUAAUGUGUUUGGGUGGGACUCAGUGUCUUUUACAGAGUAGUGACACCUCUGCAGUCAUUUGGUAGCUUCUCUCUGCUGUUUUGGAAAGGGUUGGUGUCAUUGUAUGGGCAUUUGGAGUCAGUUUCAACACCCAUUUGAGGCAAAGGCAUGAUAAUCAGUGAAAUGCAGAUGGUUGCCACUCGCCCCUUAUUCUUUAAACUUGUCACCUAUUUCUAUUUCUUUUUUUGCUCUUUUGCUUAAAAGAACCUGCGUACAAGCUUCAUGCUGCCGUACAUACAACAUCCUGCUGUCAUGCGACAGUUUGAGGGUUCUCCUCUGAUACUGAAACUGAUGAACUUUUUUUACGUGCAAUCUAAUGGUGCACCGACGUGAUCGACCUCCAGUGACGUCACAAAGGUUCUCGCUCUGUGGAACACGGCUCUCAAUUUGAUUCACUUAUUUAGCGAUGUAAUUCAACAGAACCAUCAUUGCAGGUGAUGUAUAUUCAUUUCAUACUGCGUAUUUCUGCAUUGUUCCAGAGGCGUGUCGGUGACACUUUAACUGUAAUUAUCAAAGGUAGCUGUUGAUCUCUCACCUGUCGACAUGCUCUCUCCAGGUGACAAACCAUCCAGCAGACCCGCCGAGUGGUCCAGAGGCUGUGGGCUGGUCCCAGGAGUGCUGGGUGGCUGCGGAGGAGGGAGGCUGGGUCUUUGCCUGGGUGGCUUGGGUGUAGGUCUGGACUUGGGCAGGGUUCCAGCCAGGGAAGGUUGAGAGGAGAGGCAGGGCAUGGUGGCGGCCUGAAUAUGUCCAGUGGACCCAAUGGUGGCGUAGCCUUGAGGGUAGGUGAAGCCAUAAGAGGAGGGGGUGCUGGGUGGAGUCGGGGAGAGGCUGACUGGGGAGGGUUGACCCGUGGACUGGUCCGACAUUGCUCCUGACUGACAGUACGGGGCUUUGGGAGGGAUCGGAGCCAGUUUCUUUGCUGUGAAACGGCCGAGGGGAAGCGACAUAGAGUGAAUUUUCAACUUCACAGUCUGCGUCACUGUCCAAUAUGUUCAUAAACUCACCUCUCCUCAGCGUGUGUGGGCUGUGCUCCUGCUGCAGCUGUCCACUGGAGCUGAGGGCGCCCUGGAUCCCUUUCUGUCCAAUGACUGGAGAGAGCUCCUUGUUCUUCAGGGUGCUGUGGGAGAAAGAGGCAAAGGAGCACAGUCCAGUCAAGUUACUGGGAACAAGUUUCAGAGAAAUCCGGUGACUUUCCCAAGGAUGGAAGUGAGAUUGAUGAUGUGAAACAGUGUCAGGUUGCAACUCUUGACGACUGUGUUCUCCAUGAAUGAAUGUUGUGCAGAUUUCUCUGAGGUGAACCUCACGACCAGGCUCACUUUGUAAUCUAAAAUGGACAUGGCAACCCAGGAAAACCUUCAGCAUGGCUGCUGCGUAAAAUAUGGACGCAGCAGAGGAACCCUGGACUGAAGUAGCUGAGGUCAGAGCAGAAGCAGGGAUGGACAAAUUGUCGCUGUGAAGGUCGAUGGGAACCUCCAUCACCCAUUGUUGUGCUCUCUUCUCUACUUGUGUGUCAACAGCACCUGGUAGUUUACCUCGUCAGCUUGGCUCGUCUAUCCCGGAUGCAGGCACAGGCGGCCCAGGGAGGGGGGGCAGAGAUGGGAGUGCUGGGGGGUUUAGAGGAGUUUACAACUAAAUCUUGACGGGUGAGAACCAGUGGGGGUUUAAUGUAGAGGGAGGAUCCAUUCAUUUCAUGCGCGGGGUCAGAGCUUGGUUUGUGAAGGUGCAGUGAUUUUGGUUUAGGGUUCGAGUUUACGUCAAGCUGCUGCGGUGAUGGGCAGGGGGACUGUGGGACAGGUGGGGAUGAGGAGGGGCCAGUGUCUGGACUAGGGGCCACAGGUCGGGCACUCUGAGGUGCCCUGCUGUGGAAAUGGUGGUGAGAAAGUGAAUAGGAGGAAAAGGAAGAGGAAUAAGGGUAAGGAGGUGGGGGCCGCCCCUCUUCAGAGGAGGGGCGGGCGUAGCUGGUGUCAGGCCAAUGGGACGGGCCGUCAUCAGAGCUGCAAUGAUAAAAAUAGCAACGUUUGGAGGUGAAACUGCACAGAAGUGGGAUCCUUGGGUCAGGACGGGUCAGUGGCAAAUGUAAAUUCACCUGAUCCAGCUCAGAGCUCUGCGACAGUGAAGCGCUAAGUUGUUUAUCAUGCUGGGGCUGUGACAAACAACAAACAAACAAAAAACAGUCAUGCCUGGCCUGCUGACAACAAACCAACAUGCCCAGGAAUCGGAACACGCAGGGAUCAUCUGCAAAACACUACAGUUCUACUGCAUGGGGGUGUACGAGUUCAGGUGGUGCAGUAAUAGGUAUAUUUUGGGCCGGGGUGGGUCACUAUUUUCUGGAGCAGUUCAUCAGGGAGGGGCUGCAUGUGUGGGAGAGGACAGCACAUGCAUGGAAGGAAGCGUUUGUUGUGCAGCAUGUGCACGGGCAGCACAAGUGGGAGAAGGCUGUUACAGGUGUUUUGUGUUGAGCGGGGCAUCCUAUUACGGGCGCAGGGAAGGGGGGUUCCAUGUGAAGGCAGCAUUGCAGGCAGCCUUACCUGGCUCUCUCGCUGCCUGAGGGAGGGUCAGGGGAGAGGUAGCAAUCCCCCGGCUGCUCAUCAAUGGGCGGGGUCGGGGGGUGAACGCAUGGCGGUGUAGAAAAGCAUUUACGAGUGGAAGAAGAUGAGCCCCUGCGGGACACCCAGGACGAGUCCAUCACCCUGAUGCCAGUGCUGCAGCGGACAGAGACAGCCAAUCACAAGAGGGCAGCGACCCGGAGUUCGCCCUUCACGAGUCGUGUGUUUGUGAUGUUUCAACCUGCCCACAGUUUUUUGAGCUGGGCUCUGUGCUUUUACGUAAUAGGACGUGAAAGAGACACACUUGCCAUUAAAUAAGUAAGUCAAUGUGUGAAAAAGCAGGGGAAACAUUUCACACAAAUGGAAAUUGAGAGGUUUUUCACUUCACAGACCACACCAGGGCUACAUGGGACAUUUAAAAAAGCAGGUAGCCUAGAGGUUGAUGUUGUUUUUCCAAAACAUGUAACAAUUGAUGUAGAACAAGUUCAUCCGGAGACAAAGGUCACUGCAACAACACAGCGCAGAAACGCAUCUUUUGUUUGAGUGGCUGGAAUCAGCGCGUCGCUGAACCUGAAACAGCAACAGGGAUGACUGACAUACGGACGGGUGGCGAGAGGAUGAUGUUACUGUACCUUUGUAUUUUCCUAAUUCUGCAGCAGAACAGGGAACAGAGGACAAGAGAAGAUCGGUUAAUGGAGAAGUCGCGGAACAUUAAGACGACACGGCGGCAAGUCGGGAGACCAGACUCAAGUGAAACCCAGAGGAGACUUGUUAAUGCUCCACUUGGCACUAAUUAGGUCAAAAUCUCCCUGAAGGACAAAAUACAUGAGAAUGAUUUUAAUAUUUCGGUCACAAAAGAUGGAACAUACAGAAGAUAUGGAAAUACGGCAAACUGCAAUGAAACACACUGUUCUUGUGACCAACUUGUACAAGUGAAUGAAAGAGUUUUAACUAGUGGCAGUCAGACUCUGCUUUUAUUGUGGUUUUAUUUUGAACAGACACUUCCUUGUCCCUCCUCUGUCUCUGUGAUCUUGUCAGGUAAUGGCACACAGCUGGAACUCAUCCUGCCAUCAGCCUGGAAGCACCGAGUCUAUACACCCCACAGUGCCAGAUCUCUCUGGUCCUGGUAAACUGUCCUUUUGUAUGUAUUCCUACUCAGACUCUCUGCUCCCGUCGUACUAUAGUCCUUGUAGGUUUUCUAUUGUCUUCGGUGCCUGAGUCUAGUUUGUUCCUCGCUUCUGCAAAUGUGCUGAUCACCAAAUAAUCUUCCGUUUGUGGUGCCUCAUUUUUGGACUGUUCAUGACUAAACCCUGUUUUGAUUUGCUAGUAACAGCAAUACAUCUCUGUAACUCAUCCUGUGUUGUUGUCUGGAAGCUGCACACUCAUUGUACUCACUUCACAAUGCUUCAAACUAGAAGACUUGAUUUAGUGCUAUAAAAGGGUCAGAGUACAGAAUGUUGCCGCAACAGUCUUACAAGUCUUAGUAACUUCAGUGGUGUAACUGAAUCUUCUCACCGGUCUCACCUUUCGGGUCCAUCAAAAUCAAAUACCAUCAUAGAGCAUCUCACCGUUGAUGUAAAAUAGAGUAGUAUAGUGACAUUCUGAUGAGGAGAAGACUUGCAUAUUUUGAUCACUUUUAAGUUUGACCUGGUUUUUGGAAUAUUUCACAUUAAUCUAACUCUAUUCACUUCUACCUUGCUGAGCUUUCUCAACAGCAAAACAUAGAAAAAUGGAAUGCCUGUACCAGAUAUAAUAAACAGAAUAACCUGAGAAAGCCCUCACAUUACUGGUUCCCUAUAAAUCAAUUAUGAGGUGUUUAACCUCCUGAGAAGCAGAUUUGUGUCAUGAAUGAUCUCAGUUGUCACAUUAAUAGAGUCUGUAGGAUAAUGAGAUUCCGUGUCCUUCAGCAAACACAUUCGGCUAAAGGUUUUAUUUCUCACAUCAAGAGACUGACCCCUCAGAGGAAGACCUUUCUGGGUGUGAGCGACGAUUGGCACAUGAGGAGAAGAAUUAAAUAGCCAAGUACGAAAUACAGUCCCUGCAGAGCUAAUGGAUCAUUGUGUGGAGUCGUCUGGUUCUGACGACUGUUUGUGCAGAGAGCCAAGUUUAAUUAGCCAAGACGUCCAUUCAGCUCUGAUAAGACUCUGGGAGAACUGAGAGGGUAAAAAAAAACAAUCAUCCUCAGACUCUUCAUUUCACAGCAGCCGUCUCGGAGAAUUCCCUGCUCAGAACGUCUGGAUUGUAUAGCUCAUGAAAAUCUUCAAACGCUCAUCGGUUACUGCUUCCAUCAGCGUUGCCAUGGCGACCUAUGGGUUCUCUAAAGACAUUUCCAAGACAGUGGAGAGAGGACUCCUUCGUGAGGACUGUUGUCUGCUCUCCAGGCUGCCUGGGAAACCACUGAAGGCCAUGGUCAUGGACAUCAACAGUGCAUCCUCACCACAUAAAGAAACACCAGAAUACAUUCUGAAAUACACCUAGAACAUAUAUAAUGGAUAAACAAUGUCGGGCCUGACACCAUUAACCACCAUUACAGAUUUUCCUAAGAAUGACGCAAGUUAACAAAUAUAUGAAGAUUGAUAUUCAUUCAAAGCUGGUCAGUACAUUUAAAGUGAUUGUAAUAAUACUCCUGUCAUGGUUCGCUUUUAUUUUGUGUUACUUCCGUUUUCGUCUCCGUCCUCUUCCCUGUUGUGUUGGAGCUUCACUCUUGGUAUUGGCACACAGCUGGAGCUAAUCUACAGAUCAUCCACCGCUCUUUCUUAAGCGCUUCGGUUCCAGCAGUGUGUGCCAGAUCGAAUCUACUCAUUCUUAGGUAAUUGACUUCCACGUAUCCUUCUCCUCGUCCGCUCGCUCUCGUGUUUUCUGACCCCUUGGUUUUUCCCCUGGUGCCUGAGUUAUUAGUGUUGUUUCCAAUAUUUGUUUGUUUCCGAUCUCCGCGUGUUUCCUAUUUCCUCUGAUUUAGUCUUUAUCCCUUGUGAGUUUGUUCUGAUGACCGCGUUUGUGAUUUUGUUUUUUCCUGAUUGUUUUUCUGUAUUUUCAGAUUCCUCGCUCGUGAUCUCCCGGUUCGGUGACGCCUUCAGUUUUUGGACUUUCUACUUUCUUUGUAUCUCCAGGAUUCUUGGAUUGUGCGACUUUUUGUUACAUUAUUGUGAAAUCUCAGUUUUGA